GAAUACCCCCAUUGCUUCAACUGUCACACGUGCCAGUGAUAAAAAAUCCCGCACACUACCAAAAGGCGUUAGUAUCUAUUUUUUUCGUAGCAGGCUAUGUCGUUGGGCAACGCAGGGCGAAUUGCUGUCUGUUGGACUGUUCUGACCGUGGGUGGCGUGUACGCUUUUGUGCUGUCAAAACAAUCCGUUGAGAACCGGCGUUACGAGAGCAUGCGAGUGCGUGAGCGCAUGAGGAAGGCAAACCAGGGCGAUUACGACUCAACCGCAGCAUCGGACAGGCGAUUCGACUAUUAA